AUGACCCCUUCAACGAAGCCGAAAACCUUCCAUGUUGCCAUCGUUGGCGGUGGAAUUGCCGGUCUGAGCUUGGCUAUCGCCCUUCAUCAUCGCGACGUCUCAGUCAAGAUCUACGAGCAAGCCCAUGCCUUUGCCGAAGUCGGCGCUGGCGUCUCCUUCGGGCCGAAUGCAGUCGAGGCCAUGAAACUCUGCCACAGUGGGAUAUAUGAGGCAUUCAAGAAAGUGUGCACACGGAAUCUGUGGCCGGAGAAGGAGAAAGUGUGGUUCGACUACCUGGACGGAUACACACACAAUGAAGAGGAGUACAAUGCCGCUUCGAGUGGGAAGGAGAGCAAGAGGCAGAAAAUCGCAUUCACGAUCACAAAUAGUCUCGGGCAGACGGGGGUCCAUCGCGCACAUUUUCUGGACGAGCUGGUCAAGUUGGUCCCCCAGGAAAUUGCGCAGUUCAAUAAGCGGCUCCAGAACAUAACAGAGCGGGGAGACGGGAAGCUAGUGCUCAAGUUUGCGGAUGGGGUGGAGGACGAGGCAGAUGUGGUCAUUGGUUGCGAUGGGAUCAAGUCCAGGGUAAGGCAAAUUCUCGUCGGGGAGGACCAUCCCUCAGCGCACCCAUCAUUUACACACAAGUAUGCCUACCGCGGGCUGGUGCCCAUGGACAAGGCGAUCGAGGCAAUUGGAGAGGAACUUGCCUCCAAUUCAUGCAUGCAUAUGGGCCCUAAUAACCAUAUGCUCACAUUUCCCGUCAAUGGCGGUAAGACCCUCAACAUCGUCGCCUUUCAUACAACCCCCGACACCUGGACCGACCGUACUCGCCUGACUCGCGACGGCACACGCGAAGAAGCUCUUCGCGACUUCGCAGGUUACGGACCUAAUGUCACCAAGCUCCUCAAACUCUGUGACCCCAAGCUCAGCAUUUGGGCAAUCUUUGACUUGGGCGUCCAUCCCGUUCCCACUUUCCACAAGGGCCGUCUCGCCAUCUCCGGUGACGCCGCACAUGCCACAUCCCCGCACCACGGCGCCGGCGCCGGCUACUGCCUUGAAGACACAGCCGUCCUUGCUACGCUCCUCUCUGACCCGCGCGUGCAAAAUAACAGCGACAUUGAGACAGCCCUGGCUGUCUUCGACGCCUGUCGCCGCGAGCGCACACAGUGGCUUGUACAGAGCAGUCGGUUCAUCGGCGAUUGUUAUGAGUGGCGCGCUGAGGGGGUGGGACGCGACUUCCGGAAGAUUGAGGAGGCGAUUAAUCGCCGGAACGCGAUCAUCACGGAUGCUGAUGUUGGCGGCAUGUGUAGGGAGGCGAAGGAGAUGUUGGGGCAACGGUUGGGCGGGGAGGAGAGGGCUGCGCUGUAA